GGGUAAUUGACAUUUUUUUUCUUGGUUUUUAAUUAAAAUAAUAAGAAAUUAAUAGAAAGAAAGUUAAAAAAAAAAUUAAUUAAGGGCAUGUUUGUCAUUUCAGGUAGGGUAUGGACCAAAACUACACAAUAAUGCCAACCAUAAGGAAUAAAAGCCAUAGAAAAAUUCAAUUUUGGAUCAAUGAUGCACCAACGUUUUGUUUUGGACCAAAAACACAUAAAUUUGUCGGAAAACAUUUUUGCAAUUUUGUAAAAAAGAUACCUAAUUCUUGUCGUGUAAAAUGUUCAAGGUUUGAGACUAAGGGAGUGAUUGCAUGUAUAUUUAGAAUUAUGCAAAUUUAUCAAGAAAUCCAAAUAGCGAAAUUUGAUUGGCUGUUGAAUUGUCAACGUGUCACUCUUUCUCCAAUAAAGCUUAUCGUUUCCCGAAUCCCAACGAAGACAUUACUUGUUGUAUCUACUAUCCAGUAUCUACUACAACUACCCAGUUGUACAUUGUGGUUAAAUAUCAGUACGUUUUAUUAACAAGAAGAAAGAUCUACUUGGCUUAUCCGCUGAUUAUCCAUGGCUCUUCGAGCAGCUUCUCUUCUUCCAUCUGCAAUUUCCGUUCACAAGGAGGGGAAGUUGAAUUCUUCUCUCAAGGAGAGUUCAUUCAAUGGAGCUUUCGUCUCAAAGAAUGUCAAAUCUGAUUUCAAUUCUCUUGUAAUCGGAACAAAGGAGCUUAGAAGGAAAUCAUCAUUUGGACCAAUUCGCGCUCAAACGGCGACAGUAGCUCCGUCGGUAAACGACGCCGUAGCAGACGGCAAGAAAACACUCGGGAAAGGCAACGUAAUUAUUACCGGAGCUUCUUCUGGUUUAGGUCUAGCCACCGCAAAAGCUUUAGCCGAUACUGAAAAAUGGCACAUCAUCAUGGCUUGCCGGAACUUUUUGAAAGCCGAGAGAGCCGCUAAAUCGGUCGGAAUUACUAAAGAAAACUACACCGUUAUGCACCUCGACCUUUCUUCCCUCGAAAGCGUUCGCCAAUUUGUUGACACAUUCAGGCGCUCCGGUCGACCCCUUGACGCACUUGUCUGCAACGCCGCCGUGUAUUUGCCCACCGCUAAAGAACCCACUUACACCGCCGACGGAUUUGAACUUAGCGUCGGUACUAACCAUCUUGGCCAUUUUCUCCUCGCACGAUUGUUGCUUGAUGACCUCAAGAAAUCCGAUUCCCCCCAAAAGCGUCUCAUCAUCGUUGGCUCUAUUACAGGAAACACGAACACUUUGGCCGGAAAUGUGCCACCGAAGGCUAACCUAGGGGACCUGAGAGGGUUAGCCGGCGGGUUGAACGGGCUGAACAGUUCCGCCAUGAUCGACGGUGGAGAGUUCGAUGGUGCUAAAGCUUACAAAGAUAGCAAAGUCUGCAACAUGCUGACGAUGCAAGAGUUUCACAGACGAUACCAUGAAGAAACUGGAGUUACUUUUUCGUCCCUGUACCCUGGUUGUAUAGCUACCACCGGUUUAUUCAGGGAACACAUCCCGUUGUUUCGACUUUUAUUCCCGCCUUUUCAGAAGUAUAUCACUAAAGGAUAUGUGUCUGAAGAAGAAGCAGGAAAACGGCUAGCCCAGGUGGUAAGUGAUUCGAGCUUAACGAAAUCGGGUGUGUAUUGGAGCUGGAAUAAGAACUCUGCUUCAUUUGAAAACCAACUCUCGCAAGAAGCCAGUGAUGCUGAGAAAGCUAGGAAGCUGUGGGAGGUUAGUGAAAAGCUAGUUGGUUUGGCUUAGAUUCAACGACAACAAGAAAGUCAUAGUCAAAGUCAAAGUCAAGAAAGUCAAAUCCUAUGGAAUUGAUGAGUUUAUACUUUAAUUUGUUAAACUUAAAUAUGACAAUUUAUUUGUAUUCGCCUAUUCGGCACACAUAGUUUUGUUGGGAGUAUAAUGGUGUAUUGGUGUAACCUUGAUAUGGUGCAAGCGGAAUUAUAAUUCGAACUAGUCAAAUUGAUGCAAGGGUUACCGAUUAUUGUAUAGUGG